CAUAAAAUGUGAUAGCUGUGUAUUAGUCAUCCAGCUUUAACGGCCAAAGAACUGCACCUGUUUCCCCUCCUUGCCGUUUCUGACUGCUCCUAGUUUGUAAUUACUAAUCCGUAAUUAAUCGUCACAUAGCGGCCGCAGCGUCAUAGUGCAAUGGAUGGACAGGAAGAGCCGGAAGCUAAAAUUGACCACGUUAAGGUGCGCUUGGCGGCCAUUGAGAAUAAUCGACUACUGCUCAACAAUGCGCAUCUCCUGGCUAACCGUCUCUCCGAACCGGACGUUAAAGAUAAGCAUGUCUUUACGCUGGGAAUUGCCGGGAAAUUUCGCGAGGGCAAAUCCACCAUGCUCAACAUUAUAUACAGAUACCUACAACGUUUGAUGCGAAUCGAUGAUGCCAGCGCCAUGGAGGUCUCGUCGUGGCUGUAUGAGAAUUACGCCGUUGAGGACAGUUUCGAGACAUCCGCCGCCAUGGAAGGUUGCACCCAGGGCAUCUGGGUUAAUCUGCAUCCAGUCAUCGUUAAAACAACAUCGGGUGAGGAGUAUGCCGUAUUCCUGUUAGAUACACAGGGUCUUUUUGAUCCGGAGAGUUCAGCCGAUACAGACAGCCUCCUGUUUCAACUGACAAUGCGAUUAUGCUGCGUUACGAUUUUCAAUGUGUUUCGGAGUCUGGAGCGGGAACAAAUAAAUUUCCUGGCGAGCUUUGCCAAGCUGAUAACAGGCGAUCAGAGUCACGAUGCGUUGUCACGCGAUUUAAUCAUUCUACUGCGGGACGCGUCGCUUGGCGGAGAAUAUUAUGGUUGGGCGGCGGGAGCGGAAUACCUAAAGAAAGCGCUCAGUUUCACGGAUCAUUCCGCUGAAAACGAGCUAAUGCGCGCGUAUCGGUCGAUUGAGUGUUUCCGCAUGCCGAAGAUCGCUGCCGAUCCAAAUGACCCGGACUUCCGUGUCACUGAAGAGUAUGUCAGUCCAAAAUUUGCGCAGUUUGCCAAGGAGUUCCUCGAGCGUGUGGUAUCCGGAACAUAUAUGCGUCCUUUUCAGUUCGCCCCUGGAGUUGCAGCGAACGCCGGCGGUUUUGCUUCUGAACUGAGAAAAAUCCAUUUUGCACGCCUGAGAGACAUUUUUGGACCGGAAAAAAUAGGCGGUCUCAAUAAUGGUCUGAAGAACAUAGAGCAGACGGAAAUGCGGCAGAAGAAGGAGUCCGCGUUCAAGCGCUAUGUGGGGGGCAUGGAAAAGGCACUUGAGAAUGGUCCACUGCCGGUCAAACAACUACUGCAGCUGCACAACGAACUGCGGCAGUCAUGCCUGAAAGGGCCGGGACAGGACUUCCUGUCACGCGACUGGAAGGAAGCCGCACCCUGGAUCCGGGCGCUGGAAGAGGAGAUCGACGUGGAAUUCCGGCGUCUUCAAGCCAGGAAUGCAUCGCAGCAGGAAACAGAAGAUUCCCACCAGCAGGCCCUGGAACGCGCCGACGCCCAUAAGAAGCAGCUGGAAGAGGCCGUCGAACGACAACGCCACCAGCAUGCCGACCAGAUGGAGAACAUGAAACGGCAACUAGAGGAUCAACGGCGCCAGGCCCAAGCGGCACUGCGGGAUAUGGAGCAGCGGCGGGAAGCGCUGCGGCAGCAAUACGAUAUGGAGCGACAGCAGCAGGAAGAGAGGCUAAAACGGCAGCGAGAACAGCUGCGUAACUUACGAUGAUGCUCCAUAGGAGGAGCAAAGCAAUUUACUAUUGCGCGACGUGUGUGUACCUUUGGGAUGUUUUUUAUACGUAUGGGUAUCGUACGGUUGACUGCACUGAGAUAAAUUAAUUAGCUACGUCACUGACAUAAUAUUGUACUUCUGAUGCUAAGAGAUUCUAAGAAAACAAACGAUGCACCGCUCAAACAAUGCAGCGGUAAGAACUUUAUUAGUACACACUGAACAGUAAAGUCAGACUGCA